GGCCGAGCCGCGCCGCGCCGCGUCACAACACGACGGGCGGGGCCGGAAGUGGGCGGGAAAGGCCGCCCGGCUUCCGGUAGCCGCCGCCAAUCGCGGCCGGGGAGGGCGGGGCCGCCGGGGCCUGCGGGGCAGGAGCGCGGCGCCGGCGGAGGAGGAGAGGGGCCGCGCGGGAGUGUGGGGCGGGGAGGGCGCCUGACGUCACCCCCGGGUUGGUGACGUCUUUUCUCGGGUCGGGGCGGAGCUUCCUGCUGCCCCGCCCCCAGAGGGGGCGGUCUCCUACUGCCCCCCCUCUGGGGGAGGGGCGCCAGCAGCAGCUCCGCUGCUGCCGGGGGGGAGGGGUCCGCUUGCACGCCCCGCCCCCUCAUUGGCCCCGCCCCCUCUUCGAAGCCCCUCCCCUCGCUAUAGCUGGGCUCUACCCCUUCUCCCUGUCCCCCACUGCCCCUGGAGGGGGGGGGGUCUCCAAGCGCCCCCUUCUUGCCCUCACAGGGGUCCCUCGCUGUGGGGGAGGGGGUCUCCUGCCCCCCACUUGUUGUCCCCCCAGCCCCCGGGGUCCCUUGCUGUGAGGGCGGGGGUCUCCAGGCCCCCCCACUUCUCCUUUCCCCCCCAUAGUCCCUGGGAGUCCCUUGCUGUGGGGGAGGGGGUCUCCAGGCCCCCCCUUUUUGCCCCCUCACCCUCCCGGGGGUCCCUUGCUGUGGGGGCAGGGGUCCCAGGCCCUCUGACCCCCCCGCCCCGGGGGCGAUGUCGGAGUCGGUGCUGCUGCUGCGGCGGGUGCGGGAGCGGGGGGCCGGGGGGGCAGCGGCAGGGGGUGGUGCUGGGCCGGGCGGGGGCGGGGGGGAGGGCCCCGGGGGCGCGCGGCGGAAGCGGGGCCGGCGCCGGCGCUUCUACCCCGAGCACCGGGUGUACCGGGCCCGCAGCUCCUUCCUGGACCUGACGGAGGAGCAGGUGCUGCGGCGCUACCGCCUGGACAAGGCGGCCAUCGCGGGGCUGUGCAGCGAGCUGGGCUCCGACCUGGAGAGCCUGACGGGCCGCAGCCACGCGCUGCCCGUGGCCGUCAAGGUCACGUCCGCCCUCACCUUCCUGGCCUCCGGCUCCUUCCAGACGGCCACGCGCGACACCACCGGCAUCAGCCAGUCGGCCAUGUCCAACUGCCUGGCCCAGUUCCUGGAAGCCCUGCAGCGCCGCGCCGCCCGCUACAUCGCCUUCCCGGCGCCCGGCCCUGCCGCGGCCGCCCAGACCCCCGGCGGCUUCCCCGGCGUGCUGGGGCUGGUGGGCAGCCUGCACGUGGCGCUGCGGGCGCCCUCGGAGAACGAGCUGGCCUACCGCAACACCCGCAACUACCACUCCAUGAACAUGCAGCUGGUGUGCGACGCCCGCGGCGCCAUCACCAACGUGGUGGCCAAGUACCCGGGCUCCUGCCCCAACGCCGCCGUGCUGGAGAACUCCGCCCUGGCCCGCCUGCUGGACGGCACCCGGCCCGACGGGCUCUGGCUGCUGGGCGACCGCAGCUACCCGCUGAAGACGUGGCUGAUGACGCCCAUCCUGUUCCCGUGCAGCACGGCCGAGGAGCGCUACAACGCACGGCACCACGAGGCGCUGGCCGUGCUGCGCCAGACCUGCGCCCUGCUGCGGCGCCGCUUCCGCUGCCUGGACAAGGCCAGCGGCUCCCUGCAGUAUGCACCCCAGAAGGUCUGCCAGAUCUUCCUGGCCUGCUGCAUCCUGCACAACAUCGCCCUGGGCCGCCGCAUGCCCCUUGACCUGGCUGAGGCCGAAGCCUCACCCGACGGGCCUGAGGCCGAGCCCGACCUGCCCGUUCAGACGCCCUUCGUGCAGAUCUCUAGCGAGGCCCGGGCCGUGCGGGCCCGCAUCGUCCAGCAGUUCAAGGACGCCCUCACCUAGGCCCCUGCUCUCGACCCUCUCGGAUUUGUCCCCGCAUGGACGGUUCCCUGGCCCCGAAGCGCCGUCGGGUGCCCGUGGGGAGAAUGGGGAGGAGUGACCGGACAGAGGCCCCGGCCCCUACUGGAGAGGACAGAAGUGGGAAGUGGAGGGGAGGGGGGUCCUGUGGGGUGGAAGGCACUGCAGCUCCUCUGGCUGGGUUGCAGCCCCCUCCUUGGCCCAGACUCCCAAGCUAAGUGCCACGGGGUUGCCGGCGUGAUUCUCCAGCUGCCACGUGGGGAUUGUCUGGGCAGUGUGGGAGGUCAGUACAGUCCCUCUGCUUGGCUUGGCCAUGUCCCCAUGGGGCUCAGAGCCAGGGCCUGGACCAGGGUAGGUCAGAGGCCUCCCCCGGCCCUGCAAGAAGGGGAGGGGGGAGGCCAGUGGGGCAAACGGGACCAUUUUCUUUCUUUUUUUCUGGAGGGGGGAAGAAAUAAACGUAUUUUCCUAGGGCAAAA